AGCGAAGUGGCGGGGCCAAAAGCCCCUCCGCGGAGCGUGGCUGAGCCCGCCACGCAGGCGCCCGUGCCCCCGCCGCCAUUGUUGCCCCGGGCCUUUCGGGCCGCUCCGGCUGCGCGUCGGCUGGGUCCCAGCGACAGCUGUAACGGGUUUCGAAUCACACCAACCUUCUACUUCUUUUCGGUCUAACCGUUAAGUCUCCCCGGCUCUCAGACAGCAAAAACCCCGAAUAGACUGGCGUUAAUACACCAAACAGUCCCGACCCCCGCCUGACGCAGACUGCGUUUAUCUUACAAGUUUAAGGAUAUAGGAGAGGGAGACCAAGGGUCUUCUAACCAUCCCUGCAAGUUCUGGGCUCCACAUUUGUAACUACCUUACUCUGUUCUGCUCCUGACUGCAGCAGCCCUUCAUGUCUUUGUGGCUCUAGAAUGAAACUGAAGGCCAUUGGCUUACCACUGGAGAAAUAAAGGAUAUUGCCAGAUCAACUCUUCUGACUGUAGCAAUGUUAGCCCCAUGCAAAAGGAUGACCAGUUCUUCACGCUCCCAAAUCCUUCUAAUGUGGAAGCCAAAUAAGGCUCAUUGUGGACCCCACAAUGUUGAGAAGGAAAUCCUUGCUUCAAGACUCUUACGCAACACUGAGACCUGUCGACAAAAUUUUAGGAAUUUUCCAUAUCCAGACCUGGCUGGUCCUCGAAAGGCACUGAAUCAACUCCGAGAGCUCUGCCGUAAGUGGCUGAGGCCUGAGAUUCGCUCAAAGGAACAAAUCCUCGAGCUGCUGGUGCUGGAGCAAUUCCUGACCAUCCUGCCUGGGGAGGUUAGGACUUGGGUGAAGUCCCAGUACCCAGAGAACAGCGAGGAAGUGGUGACUCUGGUGGAGGAUUUGACUCAAAUUCUAGAAGAGGAAGCUGCUCCUCAGAGCUCUGCCUUUUCCCAAGAGACCCCAGAGGAAGACCCGAAAGGAAGACAUGCUUUCCAGGCAGGGUGGUUAAAUGAAUUGGUGACCAAAGAAUCAAUGACAUUCAAAGAUGUGGCUGUGGAUAUCACCCAGGAGGACUGGAAGCUAAUGCGUCCUGUGCAGAAGGAACUGUACAAGACUGUGACGCUACAGAACUAUUGGAACAUGGUUUCUCUGGGACUGACAGUGUACAGACCAACUGUGAUUCCCUUAUUGGAAGAACCAUGGAUGGUGAUAAAAGAAAUCUUAGAAGGCCCUAGUCCAGAACGGGAAACAGAAGCCCAAGAGUGUACUCCAGUUAAACAUAUUUCUAAACCCACAAAGGAUGGAACUCAGACCAUCAAAUUGGAAGAAACAUAUGACUAUGAUGACAGAUUAGAGAAGCAAGCUACAGCUACCUUUUGGAAGAUUCCCCAUAAUGAAAGAAAUUUCAGGCUGAAGUCAGUCCUUUCACAGGAAGAUGAUCCUACAGAAGUGUGUCAUAGUGAAUAUAAUAUAUACAGAAAUGAUUUCGAAAAGCAUUCAAAUCUAAUUAUACAGUUUGGUGCCCAAUCAGAUAAUAAAAGUAUUUAUAACAAAGGCAGAGCAACCUUCAGUCAUGUUUCAUAUGGUAUUGUACAUAGAAAAAUACUUCCUGGAGAGAAGCCUUACAAAUGUAAUGUGUGUGGGAAAAAGUUUAGGAAAUACCCAUCCCUCUUGAAACACCAAAGUAGCCAUGCCAAAGAGAAAUCAUAUGAAUGUGAAGAGUGUGGAAAAGAAUUUAGGCAUAUCUCAUCCCUUAUUGCACAUCAGAGAAUGCAUACAGGAGAAAAACCAUAUGAAUGCCACCAGUGUGGAAAAGCCUUCAGCCAGCGUGCACACCUUACUAUACAUCAGAGAAUUCAUACCGGAGAGAAGCCCUAUAAAUGUGAUGACUGUGGAAAAGACUUCAGUCAGCGUGCACACCUUACUAUACAUCAAAGGACUCAUACUGGGGAGAAACCCUAUAAGUGCUUGGAAUGCGGGAAAACCUUCAGCCACAGUUCCUCACUGAUUAAUCAUCAGAGAGUUCAUACUGGAGAAAAACCUUACAUAUGCAAUGAAUGUGGGAAAACUUUCAGUCAGAGUACACACCUUCUUCAACAUCAAAAAAUACACACUGGAAAGAAACCAUAUAAAUGCAACGAGUGUUGGAAAGUUUUUAGUCAGAGUACUUACCUUAUUCGACAUCAGAGAAUUCAUUCUGGAGAGAAGUGUUAUAAAUGUAAUGAAUGUGGAAAAGCCUUUGCUCAUUCCUCAACUCUUAUUCAACAUCAGACUACUCACACUGGAGAGAAAUCCUAUAUAUGUAACAUAUGUGGGAAAGCCUUCAGCCAGAGUGCAAACCUUACUCAACAUCACAGAACACAUACUGGCGAGAAACCAUAUAAAUGCAGUGUGUGUGGAAAAGCAUUCAGCCAGAGUGUACACCUUACUCAACAUCAAAGGAUUCAUAAUGGAGAAAAACCUUUUAAAUGCAAUAUAUGUGGGAAGGCAUACAGACAGGGUGCAAAUCUUACUCAGCAUCAAAGGAUUCAUACUGGAGAGAAACCCUAUAAAUGCAAUGAAUGUGGGAAAGCUUUUAUUUAUUCCUCAUCACUUAAUCAACAUCAGAGAACUCAUACUGGAGAGAGACCAUAUAAAUGUAAUGAAUGUGAUAAAGAUUUUAGCCAGAGAACAUGCCUUAUUCAACACCAGAGGAUUCACACAGGAGAGAAGCCCUAUGCAUGCCGUAUAUGUGGUAAAAGCUUCACCCAGAGUACAAACCUUAUUCAACAUCAGCGUGUUCAUACAGGGGCCAAGCAUCAUAAAUGAUGGAUAUGGGAGACUUCAUUUAGGUUUUACAACUUACUCAUUUAACUUUAUUUUGUACUCCCUGCGUUAAAACAUCAUUCAAAAGAAGUGCAAUGUACUUUAGACACUGCUCAGCACAAGUAUUGGAAUUAGUAAUGUGGAUAUUACCUAUUUACAUUUAAUGUGAAAUUUAAGAAAACUUCAUUUCUUAACCCUUAUUUGAUACCAGUUUAGUUCAUUCCAGAAGAAACCCUAUAAAAGAGCACUCAAAAACCUGUAACUCAUCAACUUCUUUUGUAUUUCAAGCAGUUCUUAAUGAGGCCUUAUGAAUGUAAACUUGGUAAAGUUUCCAUCAAGUAGAGAUUGCACGUUAGAGAGAAUCCUGGGAUAAUUGAAAAGAAAAAGCUGCUUUCAGGUCUUUAUUUCUUCCCAGUAUUGAAGCCUUAAAUACAUAAAGGAUGCCCUUCCCUUUUCCUAAUAUGCCGAAACAGUCACAUGGAGCCAGUAGGUUUGCAAAAAAAAAAAAGUUGGAAGUAGUGGUUGAAGGAUUUCUAUGUGACCACCACUGUUUACACUUUCCUUUAAAUACUGAAAUACUAUUAAAGGAAGAGGUUAGUGAAAGAUUGUUCCAAUAAACUAACAUAUAUAAUCCUUAGACAUGAACAAAUUUAAACAGGUUAAAAAUUAAACACCCAACCUUAAUCUUUAAAAUAGCCUUAGUUUCAGUUUUGACAUCUGUCAUCCUGAAAGAAAAUACAAAAUUCCAUUUUUUUCCUGACUCCUAAAUUCAUAACUUAAGCUUCCCCUGUGACUGUUUUACUGUAGAAAGUCCACCUCUUCCACUGAAACAUGUUUCAUGAGUGCCUACUGUGCUCAGUGUCUAACAUUCCUAAUUGGAUUCUUUCAGAGCUUCUUAGUGCUAGAAAUCACAGCUGAUUUAAGCAACAAAGCUCUCUAUAGUGAACCAUAACAAAGGACAUGAUCUUAACUACUGUGUCAUGAAGUGAGCAUAAGAAACUCACUAAAGUGGUUGCCAAAUGCUACCCCAUAUCCCAUGACAGGGAAGUACUGAAAGCAGCUUUUUAAAUAGUGUAAAAGGUAGAUUUGAGUUCACUGCAGAAAUUAGGUUGGAAAAAAGUCAAGGUGAAGACUUAACAAUGAGGAUAGAGAAAACAGAUAACUUAUAACAUGAAAUGUUACUGGACUUGUUUACCUAAGAAAAUAAGAGUAACUAACUGAAUUAAAACAAAAUUCUGCCUGUUCAUAAGAAACUCAGUGACUGAUUUUAAAGGAAUAAUUGGAGUUGGUACUCCUUUAUACAUAUAAGUAAAAUAGGGAUUUUUCUUACAGUAUCAGGGAAAAAAUUCAUUGGAAAAAGAUCAGAUACAAAAAUUGAUACAAUAAUCAUUAAAAAAUAACUGAGCUUGUGAUGUUAAACAUAAAAGGAAAAUGGCAGAAAUACAAACAAAUAGGUAGAAAUGCUAUUAUAAUGUGUGUAGCAUUCCACUAUCAGAAUAUAAGACCAUAUUCUGAGAGCUGAGAUUUUGUCUUGCUUUUGUUUCUUCAGUAUAUGUUGGUUGAAUUAAUGAGUAAAUAAGUAAAAAUUCAGAGUUGGGUAAUAAGGUAGAAUUAACUGAUAUGGAGUGAAAUUGAUAGAAUUUAAAAUAUUUUUUGUGCAUCCAUGCAAAGAAAUAUUUAUCAAAUUUUGGGCAUCUACUGGAUAAUAGGAACCACCUAAAUAUGAAGAUUUAGAAUCCCCAAAUAUUAACAAUGGGGAUAUUCCUAAGGAUAUCAGAGGAUAUCUUUGUAUAGGAAGUUUUCCUGAGCUGAGGAAAAAUUGAUAAAAAUUCUGGAUCCAUAAAUACUAGUUUAAGCAUGUUUUGACCACACAGCUUCAUUUGGACAUUACUGUUUAUAUAAACAUCCUAUAAACAGGUGCCAAAGGAAAGACCUAGGGUGCUAGCGUCUUCAAGGCUUUCCUGUUGAGUGUUUUUAAGAAGUUACUGCUUCCCCUUGUCUUCACAUUGGUUAAUCUUGCUGUCAUGGAAUUAUCCUUCACAAAGUGCAGACUGUCUCCAGGUUGCAGUAAUACUCAAAUUAUGCUUAUGCCGUAGUUGUCACGUUAGAAAAUAACCAAGAUGCAAUUUUUAUAAUGCCACUUCAAACUUUACACUUUUUUGUCCUGGAAUGUAUGUGUGGAGUAUUGCAGUCCAUUCCAUAGCACCUUUCUUUGCAUUAAUUUGUAUUUCCUGCCUUUAUGUGUUUUCUGUAAAUAAUGCAUUUAUAAAGA